AUGGCCUCAUCAGUGAAGCACCUUUGUACAAUUUGCCAUGAUGAUGGAAUCUCCAACUCAGCAGUCACAUGGUGCACAGAAUGUGAAGUUUUCUUUUGUGGAGAUUGUGAAAAACCUCACAGCAAGUCCAGACUGUAUAAGAACCAUAAAACCAUGUCAGCUGAAGAUUACAAAAAGUUACCUACAUUCAUGCAAGCUAUCAGCAACCAGUGCAGAGACCACAAGGAGAGGUUUGAGCUUUAUUGUACUUACCAUGCCUGUCCAUGUUGUGUCCAGUGCAUCACCGAUAAACAUAAGAUGUGUAAAGAAAUGAAACCCUUGUCAGAUAUCCUACAGCAAGUCAAAUCAUCUGCCUCAGUGCAACUUUUUGAAAAAGAUUUGAAGGAUUUGAAGGAAAACUUAGAUACAGCCGUAAAGUAUCUGAAAACCAGGAUCACUACCACCAAUACUCAGAAAACCAAAGCUGUUGAGGAAAUACAGCAUAUGAGGAAGUCUAUCAGUGAUUACUUAGACAAUUUAGAGCAAGACAUACUAAAUGAUUUAGAGUCUAAACAUUCAAAGCUCCAAUCAAACAUGGCCACUCUCCUGCAACAAAUGGAACAGCGAGCCAGUCAGAUAGACCUAAUGCAGAGCCAGUUUACCAAAAUGACGCAAUAUGCCACAGAGUUACAGGUGUAUAUUGGUCUAAGAGAGAUUGAGAAAACUACAUCAGAAACAACAAAAUACAUAGAAUAUUUAGAAAGUGGAGACCACUUCGGUGAAAACAAUCUAGAGGUCAACAUUUCAUCUGCUCUAAAAUCAAUUUUAAAAGAUGUCAAAUCAUUUGGUGAUAUCAAUAUCAAUACCACCUCAUCUACUCUAAAACUAAAGGCUGGAAGAAAAGAUCAAGCUCAGCACUUGGUCCAAAAUGUUGCUGGAAUUGAACAAAUAAAGCCAUCCUUGUUGACAAAACUGACAAUUCCAAAAGAUAUGGGGUGUUUAUAUAUAACUGCCUGUCUUAUAUUACCUGAUGGUAAAUUUAUAAUACUUGAUAAAAAACAAAAACAGCUACUGUUGUUCAGUAAUGAUGGCAUCUUCAUCAGAAAAGUAAUUACAUUCACAGGAUAUCCAUGGGAUGCUUGCUUUGUCAGAAAUAACACAGUAGCCGUCGUAUUAGGACCAGUACACCAGACAGUACUGGUGGAUGUAGAAAAGAAUACAGUUAUUCAAACAAUUGAACUUUCUCAUCCCGGUGUUGGAGUAGCAAGUGAUGGUACAACCUUGGUUAUCAGUGAUAAUUACAGCCAAUGUACUACAGUGAAUCUGAGUGACAUGUCUCAUACAAUCAUAGAAGUAAUGGGAGGAGUGGGUCGUAUUUCAUUAUACAAAGGAAAUAUUUACGGCACCAAUUAUCAUGAAAAUAAAGUCUGCUGCUAUAAAAUUACUGGAGAACCUCUCUGGACAUUUCAGAAUCAGGACAUUGCAAGACCAAGAGGAAUUACUGUAGACAAGAACAGUUUUGUUUAUAUAGCUUCAAAUGAAUACAACAGUAUCGUGGUAGUAUCACCCGAUGGUAAAAUCUGUAAGAAUAUUUUAUCGAUGAAUGAUGAAAUCAAACGACCUUGGGCAAUAGACAUAAACAAAGAAACAGGAAUGAUGCUAGUGUCAAGUGAAAUAAGUAUUAGUGGACGCGAAUCAGCUUUUGUUUAUAAAAUAUAA